AAAUUUUAGAUGACAAAUAAUACAAAAGUAAAAAUGGCUCGAAUGGCUUUGGUAUUUGUUUAUGGGACGCUAAAACGUGGCGAACCGAAUGCAUCAAUUAUGGCUGAUCUGAUAACCGGAAUGCAUAGAUUUGUGGGAACCGGUAAAACAAUCAAUACAUAUCCUCUAAUUAUUGCUUCUGAAUACAAUAUACCAUUUUGUUUGGACAAACCUGGAAUUGGAAAUCGUAUAAAUGGCGAACUGUAUGAAAUUGAUGAGCAAAAAUUGGAAGUACUUGAUGAAUUUGAAGGACAUCCAACAUUCUAUCGGAGACAAUCACAGGAGGUUGAAAUGGAUCACAAUGGUACCAUCGUAACAGCAUGGAUAUAUAUGUUACCCAGGUGGACACCAAGUUUACUUCAAGGCUCUAGUGAUUACUUGGAAACAUACAAUUCCAAUGGACCUCAUAAUCGGCCAUAUAUUAAAAGGUUAGAGUCUACGAUACAUUAGGGUAGCAUUUUUUUCUUCUCGUAAGGUUUGAAUUUUUCAAUGACAAACUCCGGGAAAAAAAGAAAAAUUUCGAAUUGGUAAAAUUUUCAUGAGUUAGCUACUCAAACUAACCAGUGCUGCCUGUUUUGUAAUAUAUUCUAGAAAAAAGUCCAUGCGCGGAUACCUUGCGGAAUUGGUAUCAAUUCAGUGCAAGAAUUGAUUGGAGCUUGGAAUUAGAAAGUGUACAAUCUGAAAAUGGCUACGACAAAUAUAAUUUCAUGCAAAUCAUUAGAAAUGACGGAAAAGGAAAAAGGACUCACUCUAGUCCUAAAUUUCGUAGUAUUCAUAAUUAAUCAGUUUUGAAGUUUAAAUACUCAAAUCUGAGAUUUUUUUUUGUCAUUUUCCCGCUCCUAAGCUUAAUGUCCAAAAGUUCAGAAUUCAUCUUAGAUUAAUCAGAAACUUCAUCAUGUUAAAUUACUUUUUCAGGUUUGGGUCAACUUUAUUUACUAUUUGAUCUGAAUAAUACGUGACGUUGG